AUGGAGAAGAAAUGUACCGACAUUGAGAUCCGAGUUGAGGAGCCAAAAGACAUGUGUUAUCCAAAAGCUAUGCCGCCUGUUUUGGAUCAGUCGUUUGUUACUAGGACGAAGCGUAAGCUUACCACUGUCGAUGGAUGGUUUGGGAGAUACGAUUAUCGCGCUUUUUGCUUGCCUCGUCUUCCCUUUAUCAAACAAAGAAACAACACCUCCCCAUUCUAUGGUCCUAAUGACCCCAUUCCAAUAUUCCUUGCCCUUAUCAUGGGGCUACAACAUUUCCUCACCGUGAUUGGCGGCCUUAUCACUCCAACAAUCCUUAUCUCAGGAGCCGGCAGCAAUGCUCUCAAUCUUGACCAAGAAACCAGGCAGUACAUGAUAUCAGCGUCGUUGAUUGUUUCAGGGUUGAUGAGCUUGCUACAGAUUAUCCGCGUCAAGAUACCAAAGACACGCUUCUACAUUGGUGCAGGUCUACUUCAGAUCACAGGCGUUUCAUUUGCCAAUCUUCCUGCAGCUCAGGCAUUGAUCAGCAACAUGUACAAGAGUGGUGUAUGUCCUACUCAAGUAUUGGAUGAUGGCACGACUGAAUAUCUUCCAUGCCCUGACGCCUAUGGUGCUAUCCUCGGCACACAAAUGAUUUGCGCGUUGCUUACGAUUGGUAUCAGUUUCCUACCGCCACGCGUGAUCCGCAAGCUAUUCCCAAAGAUUGUGACAGGAAUUGUUCUUUUGGUGAUUGGAAGCUCUUUGUUGACCACUGGAAUGGAAAAUUGGGCUGGUGGAACAGGUCCUUGCAUGUCACGUCCCACUACAGGCGACUAUGUAUUAUGUCCCAACAAUGCAGCUCCACAUGCCCAAGCUUGGGGUAAUCCCGUCAACUUUGCUCUAGGCGCCUCUGUAUUCUUUACUAUCAUCUUCAUCGAAUUGGCGGGAUCGAUCUUCCUCAAGAACAUAUCCGUCGUACUUGGAUUGGUGGUUGGAUGUAUCAUUGCUGCUGCCAUUGGCAUGUUUGACAGCUCAAGUAUUGAAGCUGCCCCUGCUGCGACUUUUCUUUGGGUCAAAACGUUCAAACUAUCAGUGUAUGGACCCGGCAUCAUUCCAUUUUUAUUCGUGUACCUUGAUAUGAGCAUUGAGUGCCUUGGUGAUUUGACUGCAGCAUGUGAUGUAUCAGGAAUGGAGAUCCAAGGUCCUGUCUUUGAGCAACGUUGUCAAGGGGCUUUACUUGCCGAUGGCUUAUCAGGUGUCUUUUCGGGUUUGGCAACAAGCAUGGGCGUCGUUACUUUUAGUCAAAACAAUGGUGUGAUUGCUGUCACUCGCUGUGCCAAUCGUUAUGCAGGCGUUGUUUGUGCGGUGUUGAUGAUCCUAUUUGGUGUCUUUUCCAAAAUCUCGGCGGCAUUUUUGGCUAUACCAUCACCAUUGAUUGGAGGCAUGUCUGUAUUCCUAUUUGCAUCAGUCGCUACUUCAGGAAUUCGUAUCCUUGGAUACCUUGAUUGGACACGUCGUGAUCGUGUGGUCAUAGCAGCUUCCCUCGCUCUCGCUCUUGGUGUCUCGCUUGUCCCUGAUUGGUUUACCUAUGUAAUGCCCACUGUUGAAAACUCGGCUCUGCAAGGUUUUUACGAUGCUAUUUCCACGGUCGUUGGAACUGGGUAUAUAAUGGGAGGCAUCCUAUCCAUCCUGCUCAACCUCGUUUUACCUCACGAAGAGGACAUUGGUCAAGAGGAAAAACAAGUCGUCGGUGGUGCUGGUCGAAUGUUUAUGGAUGAAGAGGCAGGAACUAUUUACACCAAAGAUAAUAUCGAUCAGCGUCAAGAGCAUUAA